AUGGCGACACCGUCAGGACUACGCUCGCCUGCGUCCCCCAGAUUGAAUACAUCGUCGCCGCGCCCGAAGUUCGACUCUGAUUCACUGAAGGCAUACAUCAAGAAACUACUGCCUUCGAUCUUACAGACCGCGACAUGGCCAGAAGCUAAAGAACGCGAUAAAGUGAAGGAAUGGAUCAAGGAGAUUGGGGAACGGGUCAAAGAACGGAUGGUUUCUCUCCAGGGACAGGGAUUCAAGUACAUCGUACUGACUCAAAUAAACGAGAACCUUGGGCAAGGUGGCCGUGCGGACAUGGUCUGCCAUUGGGAAGAUUCGGACACCGUCGCGCAGGAAAUGUACGCGAAUGAAUCGCUGAUCUGCAUAUGCAUUGCUUUCGCCAUACGCACAAUUUGA